AUGCUGUUACCACUAUACGCACUCUGGGUACUUCCCCUGGCGCACGCAUGGACCUUCAGCUACACCAACGCAACCGACGAUACUGAAAUCGCCCGCGGCCAAAAGGGACAGGACUGCACAAAUUCCCCCUUAGGUAAAGACAAGGAGUUUUCCUGGGAUCCUGAGGGAAGUAGUCUCUGUGUCUCAAUAUACCGCGACAUCAAGUGUGAUUCAAGGGCGGGAUACUCAUGCGGAGCAUGGAGGAAGAACGCCAGCGAUGACUUUUCGGCCUUUGACGUGAAGCUUGAGCGGGAAAUUAUCAGCGAAGACCAAUCCACGACGGUCCUUUCAACAUCGUCUACAUCCGCCACAUCCACAUCCACGUCUUCAUCUGCGUCUCCGACAUCCGCAUCCGCAACCGCAACCCCCACCGAGUCCGCCGCAGCCUCUGCAGACAGUGCCAACAGUGGCUCCUCUAGCACAGCACUAUCUGGCGGUGCUAUCGCCGGUGUCGUGAUUGGUGUCGUAGCUGGUGUCGCCAUUAUUGUCGCAUUGGUUGUCAUCUUCAUGCGAAAGAGGAACAAGAAGAUUCUCGCUGCUGCCAACCAGCACGGUGGAUACGGGCCCCAUGAGGCGGAUGCUACUGGAUCAUCAAUCAGUGGUACCACGGCGGUUACGGAGAAAGUAUCAGACAAUGCUCCGCGCCCAUUCAGACCUCCCCCUGGAUCUCGCGUUGUUGAGUUGGUUGGUGAUGAAGGGAGUGCUGAGUUGGGCAGCAGCCCAAUCAGUGAGAUGGAUGGGAGCAGUGUCAAGCGGGGUUUUAAUCGGUUCUAA